CUUUGUACCUAAUUACCAAACUACCUACCUCUUACCAAACGAGCGAAGAAGGAAAAAAAAAAAACUAAACUCUUCCACCAAAUCACCUUGCAUGCCAGGCCUGCCAGCGCAUCAACUCAAGCUCGGGAGACAUCCUAAACGACCAUACAGCUUUCAAGAGCUUACCAGGGGCGGGUCUUCCCAUGUUAAUAUUAUCGAAUGGCUUUCUAAAAAUCCUUUUUUCGACUACUGUGUGUGUACGUCUGCACGCUCGCACACGCUUGCAAGCCUACCCACCCCCCACACUCUCGCUGCUACCUCACCAUCGAUCAUUGGCGUCCAAUUACUUAGACUGUAGAGGCUCGAAGCCUGAGUCGCCUAGGGUUAGGAGGGUUCAAGGCAACCCAAGCUAAUUCGACAACGUAGCCCGGAAAAGAACCCUUGCUCGGCUUGACCUACCUACUUUCAUCAUUUUGUAUUGUACAAUAUUCUAUCGGCGCCUGAAUGUCAGGGUGAUGUUCAGAAGAUGCAGGAAGAGGAGGAACCCCUUGGUGUGACGUUGGCAACCCAUAAUUUUGAAUCCCAGUCCAGUCCAAGUCCAACGAGACACCAGCCGCCGAAGCGCUAUCACAACUACCACCACCAACAGCAGCAGCAACAGCCACAACAACAGCAACAACAGUACUAUUCUCACCCAAUUUCUAAUCUAGCAGCCUUUGACUCCUCCGCAUACGACGAUCACGUCUACGAGUCCAAUUUUAACCAGCCUCCCAUACUGUCCUCCCCCGAAUUCGCGUCCUAUGCCUCAAGUAACUUCCACGCCGCACAUGCGAACGCGACCAGUGUCGAGCCCGUGGCCGUCGUAGAUCCGGACGAUUUCUACAGGGACUAUCGUAGUAUAGACUCGACCCACCAAGAAUUAAUGGCGUCAACUUUGCCUGCCCCAAGGCAAGACCAGAAUCUUUCGUUACGAUCAAACGGGAACGGACCGCCUCCGAAGCACCCCGCUGUAUCUGCCACUAGGAGACCUGCUACACGAUCCGUAUCGGCCCCCGUUGAUGAUAAACAGUCUGGGAAUGUUCCAAAGUCGAGAGCUGCAGCCACCUCCCCGUAUGGGGGCCGUAGCGGUCCUCAGACCAGCGUGAAGGAUUUAAAGAAAAGGUUUGACCAAAAUGCGGCGCAGUCGAGUAAUUCCACCGCCCGCAAGACCACAACUACCCCACGCAUUCCAAUCAGAGAGACAUCUUCAUCGCCGAGGUACCGUACAGUAGGUGGUUCUUCUCCAACAAAUGGUCAACAGUCAUACGCAGCGUUGCGGUCCUCCGUAACGCGUGACUUAGACUCUGGAACAGGAUCAUCGUCGGUGACGCGGGUAACACAAAGGGACAAAUCAGUCGUCGAGGACCAGUUAUCCAAUAAUUCGCAAUCCUUCGCGAGCCGUAUAGCGAAACCUCGAGCCUCGGUCGGGUCCCACGUCCAAGCAUCAAAAUCCACCAGCAAUCUCUCACCAGCUCACUCACCAAUCUCGAUUACGCCAGUCCCCCACCCUCGUAACCUUCUAUUCGGCGAGAUAGCGCCUGGAGAGCUAGAUACCGGGUCGGCAGGCUAUGGGAUCGAGGGUGCUAGGGCGAGACGAACUUCCGAAUCGAAUCUUCAUAAUCCACAUCGCCUACGUCAGCGGAGCUUCUCACAUACCGAUGUUGAACCGCCUUCGCCAAGUGAUUGGUAUCGUAACGUGGAUGAGAGCUCUGCAAUCCAAGACGGUCCCGAGGCCAAAAAUCUUAAUUCCGCUAAGGCCCACAACCGGUCACAGAGUGACAUUGCUGGACCUAAGCCAGGGCCAGCGCAGUCCCACGCACCUAAAGUCCCACGCCCUAAGCUCCACAUAGAUCGGGGAUCGUCGUCGACGGCUUCGAGGCUGCCCGUUUCAGUGCGUAAACUUAACAGCCCAUCAGGUUCCUCUAGUCCAACAUCGACGCGAUCAAAUUCGCCCUCCACACGAAGACGACCACCUAUCCAAGGCAAAACAUCUAAAUCCAUACCAGCUGCACGGGCGAAGACGCCUAAUAGUGGCUCUAGCACCGCUAGCAGGAGACCAAAUCGAUUAAGUUCCGAUACGCCCAAUAAUGGCACAAGGCUUAACGCCUACAUUUCGACACCUCCACCAAAAUUAUCACCGCCAUUACGAAGCUCACGGCCUCGUCAGCCAGUUUCUUCGGCGACCACCGCCAGUUCCAGAAUGAAGGCUGUCGAUAGAGACCGAUCGGCGUCGCGAACAGGGGGACGGUCUGGAACGAAUUUUAACGAUCAAACAGGACGAAGACGGAAGAUUUCGGUGGGUCCGAUCGACUUCGAAUCGCGACGGGAACAGAUUAAACGUUCAUACACGAAGUCUAUUCGAGAGAGCGAAGCUCGGGCGAUCGCUAAAAAGCUUGCUGAUGAUAGGAAGAGAAGAGCUGAAGCCGAGGCCGAGGCUGCAAAGGCUAGACUCGCUGCUGAAAAACAGCGCCUCGAGGAGCAGCGUUUAGAGAAACAACGACUGGAGGAAGAGCGAUUAGAAAAACAACGUUUAGAAGAAAGGAGCCGGGAGGAACUUGAGAGCGACCAUGUCGAAAGCCCUGUGGGCACUGAAACAUCAACCUCCGAGCAAAUACCGUUAACGAUUACGACGAACCUCGUGCAAACUGGGAUGAAUACUAUUGCAGCACCAGGACCUGACCAAAGGGAUUCUCCAACAUUGGGAAUACCUGGGAGCUUUCCAACCGUGGGAGUCACAGACGAUCAAGACGAAGCGCCCCCUUCUGCCAUUUCGAAUACCACCGAAUUCGAUAACGAACCACAAACAGACCCUCCGCUACAAGAAAUCCCCGUACGGCCAGACGUUAGCAAAGCCGGGACCAAGAACUAUACCGACUCGACGCACUCAAAAAUAGAGUAUCGAUCUCCCUUCGAGGAUGAAUGUAUUAAUGAUAAUAGUUACUCCAUCAACGUCUCUUUAGAUCCGUCUACGGAGGCAAAACCAGAGCGAACGAAACCUAUUCCGGUCGCAGACGAACCCGAUACGAACCAUGCCAUUCCAGGCUCUUACCAGGACGAUGAUGAAGAAUACUCCCCUCAACCACCUCCAUCCCAGUCGUACCCCACGAAGGUGACCAUCAUUGGCCGCGAUUCAGACUUCUCGCCUUCUUCACGUGUGGUCAAUGAGCGUACAUAUCCGGAUUUACCUGACGAUCGUGAUUUUGGAGACGAUUCUCAAUUGAAUCCCUCGAGUUUGGCUCGUAAGCUUUCCUAUGGCAGCAGCCUAGGUCCAAAUAAGGAGCAGGCCAGCCCAAGUGCUGGCUUUAGAGAGAUGGAGUUCUUCAUGAGUUCUAUCAUUAAGGAUGCACCAACUGCUGUCUCUGAGGAUCCUAGCCCACAGUUUCCAGAUAGCAAUCGUGUGGCUAGUCCCGGACAACAGGAAAUAGAGGAUUCGCGUUUUUCUACGGAUUCUCGGAGAACCAUGGGCACUGCUCCAAGUCUCACCGUACCUAGGACUUCCGAGUCGAUGAAUAGGGUGAGCCAAACUACCGUUUGGACCGAUUACUCUAUCAACACUCAGGACGCGUACUCAGACUAUGAACUGAAAAAUCGGAAUCUACAAAACCGCGACUCAACGUAUCGUGAUAGUCACUCAAUAUCGGAAUCUAGCUCUAUGUCGCAGCCAUACCAGUAUGAUCAAGACUGUAGAGAAACGCCUUGCAGUUCCGAAAUGUCUUCUAGCAAACUCCAGGAUCGAGACUCAGUACCUCUUCCCUCUCAUCAACUCCCAGAGCUCAAUACUGGGGAUGGCUUUAUCAUAGACUAUGACGAUCAAGAAGACGGUCCGAUCCCAUCACGGCCUAACCAUGCUCCACCGCCGCCUCCCGACGUCAGUUCACUACGUGACGUCCCUAGUUCUGCGCCGCAAAGUGAAUACUUCGAUGAUACGAGACCUAAUAGUUACGUGCAGCUUGGGAAGGAUGAUCAGAGCCUAUUCUCUGUGGACCCUUCUAGAAGGGAGAGUGAAGAUUAUGGCCAAUCCGAAUCUGGCUCUCGUACAUUGUACCAAGGCUCCCUCGAGAUAUCCGAACGUCUUCCAGCCCACUCGAUCAUCUUGGACAGUCAACAAACUCUGGCAGAAAGUAUCGAUCAGGGUGAAGAUACUACAGGACUUCCGCCAAAGGAAAGAAAGCGACUAUUCACGCGACUUGAGACUAUUAAAGAGUUAAUCGAUACUGAGGCAUUCUUCGUCAGGGAUAUGAAUAUUGUCGAGGAGAUCUACAAAGGCACAGCUGAAGCUUGUCCGCAGCUUGAUGACCAAACCAUUAAAUUGAUUUUCCGCAACACCGAUAAAAUAAUCAGAUUUCAUUCGAGUUUCUUAACGGAACUGAAGGAAGGAGUAUCUAGCGUUUAUACCCCUAAAAUACACCGAAACCAAGUACCAAAGGAAACGUCAACACUUCCCGAUGGUACCCCUCUUUCAUCAAUGUCAACAGCAACGUCCACUCCUGCUACGGGUCAUUUGAGCGACGGUAGAGAUAGGCAAACGUCACUUGGACCGAUUUUUAUUCGCAACAUGGAACAGAUGAAAGCGGUACACGAAAGUUUCCUCAAGAACAGCGAUCACGCUGCAAAACGAUUAAUCCAAAUCCAAGAAGAUCCAACGGUGAAAGUCUGGUUAAACGAAUGUAAUGAAGUUGCAAGGGAUUUGACCAAAGCAUGGAAUUUAGAUUCUCUGCUUAUCAAGCCGAUGCAGAGAAUCACUAAAUAUCCAAACCUUCUUAUCCAACUUCUGCAUGAAACGCCCGCAGAUCAUCCAGAUCGACCGUUCCUCGAAUCUGCUAAAGUAGCCCUGGAAAAUGCCAUAGAAGAGAUCAACAAAACAAAGAAGAACUUUGAAUUGGUUGGGCAGAUAGUCGGUAGGAAACGCAAGGAAUCCGAUGUCAGAGCCGGCUUUGCUAGAGCAUUUGGUAAAAGGGUUGAUAAGUUACAGGCGACUUACAGGCCGGAAGAAGACUCGGAAUACCUCAAACUUCAUGAAAGAUUUGGGGACGAUUACCUUCGAUUGCAGGUUGUUCUGAGGGACGUCGAAUCUUACACAAGGGACAUUGUAGUAUACGUCCACGAGUUCUUGCAGUAUCUAUCGUCGAUGGAGCUCGUUAUGAGACUUCAACCAUCGCCUCACCCUGAGAUCGAAAGCAAGUGGGUCCGGUUCAACGUGUCUAUGAGAGACAUAGAGAAAGUUGCACUGGAGCAGCAUCUCUCUCAAAUUCGAAAACAAGUCAUUGAGCCUUUCGAGCUCGUAAUUAAAUCAUAUGGCAAUCCAUCUUUGGCUAUGAAAAAACGAGCCAAACGCCGCUUAGAUUACGAGAAGUCAGUCCAACUCAAGAAGAGUGGCAAGAAGAUCGACAAGCAACUUUCCGAGUUCAUCGAACAGUACGAAGCUUUGAACGAGGCGUUGAAAAAAGAGUUACCCAAACUUUCUGCGUUGACGGAAAAGGUUGGCAAGAUUUGUCUCGCAAACUUCGUCACCAUACAGACCCAAUGGUUUUCUGUAUGGAAAGAUAAAGUGAAGGUGGUGCUCGAGGAUCCCGAAGUACCAGAGGUCGCAGACAUUGUCUCCGCGUUCCAUCGCGACUUCAAAUUCCAGGACGAGCAGAUCAACAAUAUCGGAAUCAUAAAUCCAGCUUCCAAGGGUCGCCCGUCUCAGUCAACCAGCACUGAUGGGUCCUUUUUAGGACUUCGUUCCAGGGCUGAAUUUUCACCUCGCGGUAGAGGACUGUCCCUAAGCAGCGAUGCAGCUCCAAGUUUGCCCACACCUGACUUUAUGAAGCGUCAUAGUGGCCAAUUCACCAUUUCACCGACUACUGCUUCCAUGCCGAGCCCUCAGCACUAUUACCGCGAUUACUACGGCGGGGUCAAUACACAAGGACGCCCGGGAUCCGGCUCGCUUCACACUCCUGAGUCAUCUAGCGCCUUUCGGUCGAUGGGGCCUGCAUCUGUACGACCUGGAACCGGCCAGAGCUAUGAUUCAACUGCUGUACCAAGGCAAAGCACGGAGUCUGGGGCACACUCAAGGCGUUAUUCCAAUUCGAUGUAUCCUUCCCCGCAUCAAUCAACUGACAACCAACGCUUCUCGGGCAUAUUCCAGUCAGCACUUCCUCCGUCUGAUAGUCAAGAACGGCUUCCACGGCCAUCCCAGGCGUCUUCUCGCGCCUCUUCUCGAGAACGGCAGCCCAUAAACGGGUAUAAUGUCCUAUGGCUUGCCGCCUCUUUGUUCGAAUUUAAUAUUGAAACUACUAAACAUGAAGCCGGGUACCCUUACCUAACGUACCAGGCUGGAGAGAUAUUCGAUGUUAUAGCCGAGAAAGGCGAAUUAUGGCUUGCCAAAAAUCAAGACGAUCCUAGAAACUUAGUUGGGUGGCUAUGGUCGAAGCAUUUUGCCAAACUAGCGGACGACUAAGCCGCGUGACUUAUCCUACUCUCGACUGGUCAUUCUACGUCCAGCGACAUCACGAGCAUUGAUUGCUCACCUUAAUUAUCCGGCCGUUUUUGGUUCUUAUUAGAAAAAAUGGUAGACAAAGCCUGCCAAAACAGGCGUUCCAAAUCUGUUUCAUCUGUAAAAAGAGUUUUCAAGCAAGAGGUAUCUAACACUACCACGCUACUGGCGAGGCGUGGGCAAGCGCGGCGUUUUCUCAUUUUGGUUGGGUAUUAUCUACGUACGACGCGACGGGACACGAUAUUAUUCGAAGUACAGGCAAGGUCGAAGAAUGGGAUCUCAGCAAUGAAAGUAACAGAAAAAAUAUCGCGUCUUUUUCCCCAGACCAUGGUAUCAUGGGACAUGCCUGAGUCUCAGGGUCUGCAAUGGCAUACAUUCGAUCCGUGGCGGCUAGCUUGGAGGUAUCCCAUACGGGCCUCUUGUAUUUUUGUUAUUUAGAGACAGGACUCCGGCGGUGGACGGAAUUGGGGACAACUUGGUGGUUUGAGCGCAGGUGACGGAUGAUAUCAAAACUUGCUUUUUAAUCCGCGAUUCGUGGAAGUUAUAAUAAAUCUUAUAACAAACCAUCAUCUAACCUCC